AUUCCCCUCAUUUCGGCGGCCAUAUCUCCUCUCUCCUUUUCCCGCUCUCCAGCGAGUCCCGAAUUUGCCCAUAUCUGCCAUAAACCAAGAUGGAUCCCGAAAUCAAGACAUGGACGGUUACAGAGCCUUACCUCAACAUCCACUGCGGGUUGGGCGAAGCGCCCUACUACGAAGCGGAAACCAACACUCUGCGCUUCGUUGAUAUCAAGAAGAAACAGUUGCAUACAGUGGAUUUGGCAGCUGGGCCAGCCAGUUUGAAGACUCUGCAGUUGGAUAUGCCCGUUGGUGUCACUGCGGAUAUUGAGGGAGUCGACCCUCGCGAGAAGAUCUUGGUGGGUGGCAAGAGCGGGAUCUACAUCUUGGAGAGGAAAACGGGGAAGUACGAGUUGUUGAAGAGGUUCCAUGACACGACCGAGCAGGAUGAAAGGUUGAGGAGCAAUGAUGGUGCGGUGGAUCCCCAAGGUCGCUUUUGGAUCGGGGUGAUGAAUGAUUUCUGGGUGGGCAGCCCGAAGGCUGAGGGCGCUCUCUUCCGAUUUGACUCUGACCUCACGCGGAAUACUAUACAAACGUCUCUCACGAUUCCCAAUGGAGUCGGGUGGUCGCGCGACCAAAAAACCCUCUACUUCGUCCAUUCAAGUGAAAGACGCAUUAUCGCCUACGACUAUUCUCCCUCGGAUGGUGCCCUGACCAAUCCUCGAACCUUUUGGCAGAACACCGGUUCUGGCGAACCAGACGGAUUCAAAAUGGACACGGGAGGCUACAUCUGGCAGGCGAUUUACGGGGAGAGUCGAGUGCUCCGGAUUAGCCCUGAGGGCAAAGUGGUCGGCCAGAUCACUUAUCCGACGAAAGCUAUUACCUGCCCGGUAUUUGUGGGCACGGAGCUGUGGGUCACAAGUGCCAGUGAUGAGGAAGGGGGUGAGUUUGGGGGCGCAGUCUUUAAGGUUGAUGUUGGGAUUGGAGGUCUGAAUGAUUUUAAAUUCAAAUUGGAGAAAGGAGUCAAGGAUCUCUAG